AUGAACUAUGCCAUUCGCUCAGGGAUUGCGAUCACCGCGACCUAUGCUAUGCGCCAAUCAUCUCGCUUGCUCAAAACUGUUGACGGCAAGGACCGCGAAGAAUUAUUGUCUUUGCAGCAACGUCUCGAGAGCAAGAUUCAGGUUAUCGCUCCAUCAAUUGACAUGAUUGAGCUGAUAGCUGCUCGGGGCAAUACAUCUCUUGAGUCGGCAGUCGCCCUCACCAAGUCUCUCAGGUGGGAAAUUCAGGCUCUUGGCCAACGAUUGGCAAAGGCCGCGGCUUCAGAAGAAGCCAUGCAAAGAGACUCCAGGUCAUCGAAAGAGCGACCAAAGAACGAGGCUGAGAUUGAGUUCAUCAUCAAAGACAUCAAGAACUUACUUGCCCGGAUUGAGGAUGCGGUGCCACUCAUGAACCUGGCCAUCACCACAUCCGGUGCUAAACUGUCAACAAAUCUACCGUCGACAGUGUCGCCCUCGCGACUUCUACAAGCUAGCACUUUCCUAACAGCAGGAGACACACAAUACUCUAUGUCACAAUCUGUCGAGCCUCACGCUGUGCAAAUAGGACCAACAUUUACACUUUCGAUGUACAUGCUCUUCGCCAGCCAUCUCCGUCCGCACGACGAGGAAUCCGUGCGAGAAGCAACCUGGAAGGAGGUCAUGCACAAGGCACGACUCAAGCUGCGACGCGUGCCCAUGAACCUCUACUAUUCAGAGGAUCAAUCAAAGUUGUCACAGUUUCCAUCACGACCAGGUAUUGAUGAAUAUGCUUAUCAAGUCAUGAUCAUCGAGGAUCUUGAUGAUGGGAGAGUUCACACAUUUGAAGAGAAUGAACCUCAGCCUCAUAGCUACGAAGGAGUUGCGACAGCGGGAGUGAGAGAGAUUCUCCCAAUUCAUCAGAUCUCCAAGAUUUUCUACGCCGACACGGGCAGAAUUCUCAAUAUUAGCACUGAAGGCGAAACCAACAACCCGGUUCUACUACUCAAAAGAGAUUUGAAUGCAUUGCCUCCUCGUCGCAUGAUGGAGCGCGACGAUAGUGAUGAUGAUUAUUCCCAGGAAGCAGAAGAUCAGGAUUCGGUCGACGAGGAGCAAGCGCAGCUCGAUGCACAGCUGAGUGGUAGUAGUACAUCGGAUCAGACCAACCUCAAUUAUCUGCAUGAAGAUUCCAUCCCCGAAGAAUGGCGGCUACCUCCAGGCCUGGACCCAGAGUGGAUCGCGUUUGAAGUCUACAACGAAGACGAAGAUUCAGACACCGAGUCGGAAGCAGACCCAGCAGCAGAACCCUCCAUUGAUCCUAAUAUGGUGGCUAAGCUGUCAUUAAAGGACGAAAAACAUUCAUCUUCCCCGUCUUCCUCCCCAGUCGGUCGCCAUGACGUCUCUCAAACAUCAGCGUCAACUCAACCCGCUGCAACCACAACAACAGUCUCCAAUCCACUAUUCGAACACAUUCGCACAUCACUCUCACUACUCGAAACCCUCCUUCGUCUAACAUCCCUUCAACAAUUCCAGCAACAAUCACACCUUUCAAUCAGUGACGAACUCCUGAACUUCUUCCUCGAAGAGUCGUCUUCAACCGGUGCCGGCGGCGAUGAGCAACAUCGCCAGCGUCUCCGGUCCGAGGCCCGUCGUCGCGUCGGAUGGGACCCUUAUGACGAGAGUCCUGUCAAACACCGCGGCGAGGACUACCAAUAUGGUUGGGGACCUGGUAGUCCCUCCGCCUUUCCACGAGACGGCGAUGAUCUCUACUCACCAGGAGGCGGAUCACGGGGGUUCCAGAUUCGUUCCCGCGAAAACACGCCGGAGACGCCUCAGCGAAGGGGUUCGCCUAGUGUGCGCCCAAGUGGGCUGAGGGAUAUGACUCCUGCCUAUUCGGAUGAUGCCAACUCGAGGCAAAGCUCGCCAUUGGGGAAGAAGGCUAGUCGCGUCCCCAAAGGUGGAAAUGCUGGUUCUGGAACGGCAGUGUGA